AUGCCAGAAGGCUUAGAUACACGUACUUUAGGUACACCUGCGGAUGGGCAGGACCGCCUGCGAGAAGAAGAAGCGCAGGAUCGCGUGCGAGAGGAGGACCAUCCGGGAGUGAGACACAGCUCAAGAGAAAACUCCCAUCGCUACGUCUCUGCACCUGUCGUACGACGUAGACAACGAAACGAGCCAUAUGGUUCAGUCGACAGGAGAAUGCAAGAACGUCGUCGAGAUCGUCGUCGAGAUGAACACGACCGAAGAAGAGGCCGGGAGCUAAACCCCGGAAGUAGCUGGCAAUGCCCAAGCUGCUCGCAGGCCAGACAACUCGCCGAAGAAUUGCUGGCCGUUCUGAAGCACAGUGAGGACCGCGGAACCAUCCCCCCCGAAAGCAUCACCCCCGGACACAUCUCCCGCGGACGCAUCCCGCCGCCGAACGACUUAGAAAGCGAUAAUGAUUCGUUCCAAGGAGACAUCGAAAUGCUCCAGAAACAUGAGACCGACUGUUAUGACAGUCAAGGAAGCUCUGAUGAGAGCUUUAAGAAACGCGGCAACCCCCGCGAAGAAGAACACGAAGAAAAACAACACCGGUUACAGACCAACAGGCUCGGCCCGAAUGCGAGCCACUCGCGACCCGAAAAACCGGCCGGGAAGUCAGCCACAGCCGGGAAGUCUUUCCCCCGCAAUUCGUACUCGGACACAACCCGUCUGAACUCGGAGUGUACCGAAGCCAUCCGUAAUGGCUCCGCCGCGAAUAGACUUGACCCAUCGCUGGACCCCUCGGUAGCCUUGCCCUCUUCACCUAUCCCGUCAGGACCUGUUCCUGGAGAACUUGGUCCUUCGGGAUCUGGUCUUUGGGAGUUCAGUCCGAGCCCGGAUAGUCCCUUGGUGUUCACGUCACCGUGGUGUCCGGACACGCCCGGCACGAUAACCUACCUGAGACCCCCUAGCAGCAGCGAGCGCGAACCUGUUGACCCUCCGACAGUUGAGCCGCCGGCCCUGAGUCCUGAGGAGCCGACCCCGACUCUUGAGGGGUCGCUCGUUGACCGAGCUGCUGUUGAAGCGAACGCAGUGUGGAGCCCAGUAUUUGAGUCCCAGGAGAGUCCCUCGCCUGCGAGUAGCAAUUCCAAGGCUGAUGAACUGUCAAAAGCUCGAAAAGCGCCGUCACCACGUCGUGGCACGCCCGCGCCGGGUCACCGAUCGAAAGCCGUAAACGUCCGGCUGGGUCGAGGACGGGGCAAAGAAUUAAUGACCACUGGAGGUACCCGUGUGGGAGGGACUCGUAUGGGAGGUACCCGUAUGGGAGGGACUCGUAUGGAAGGGACUCGUAUGGGAGACACCAUUACUCAGAAUCUGGCGUAUGCCGGUGUGAGGAAUGAAGCGAGAAAUGAACACCCCCAAGACGAAGAAGCCAGAGAUGAAGGUGCAGGUGGGGAAGUUAGUGGGGCGGUUCAAGUGGGUCAGGAUCAAGUGGGUCAGGGUCAAGUGGGUCAGGACUACGUGAUUGAUGGUUAUGUGAUUCCGGCUCUGGAUGCUGUGCGUGAAAGGUUGUUAUUGUGCUUGUCGCACAACGUGGGCACAGGCAGACGGAACCCACGAGUCACCUGCCCGAUUACCGGAGUAGACCUCGUGGUAUCCGCCAGAAAGUCUCUUCGUGUGCGUCGCUGGCGGCCCUGGUGCGAGCACUGUCUCAUUACUCACCCACCACAGACCUUCAGUAGCACUAAGGACACCGCAAUGGAGCUUAUGGUCUUGAUCCUGCAUUCAUGCCAACUGCCUACAAAAUUCGACCCCCGGUUUUUCUCGGAUCUCUUCAACUAA